AAAGCAUCUUCAGUCUAUAAUGAAUGCGGUUGAGAUCACGGAACCCAAUAACAGCAGCUUACAAAUCGAGAUCGCCGCACCCAUCAGCAGACUGUGUGGACACAACACAGAGAUCCUGCAGAUGUUGACCUCAUUCAUGCGACGGGUUUCAUCACGCUCACCUGCGGCGUCUGACGUCAUGUGUGAGCUCGGACAUCUGCUCGCUCUCCAAAACAUGUAUAAAGAAGCUCAUGCAUGUUAUUCCACAGCUCUGAAAACAGAUGAUGAAUCUCUAACAGCUUUAGUCGGACUGAUCAGAUGUUUACUGAUGUGCGAUCAGCUGGAGGAAGCCACCCAACAGCUCACCGCCUUCUGUGAAGUACACGAGUCUUUGGGAAAUAUUGCGGAAGUGCUUCUGCUGAAGGCGGUCUCGCUGAGAAAGCAGCGAGGGGAUGAGACGACGGUGGUCCAGCUUCUGAAGGACGCUACAGAGCUUCAUUUCUCCGCUCUCCAAGGCCUCAGUUAUGGUGUGGAAUAUUUGAGGAUUCUGGACGUUAAUUUCCUGCUGCACAUAGUUCAGAUGCACAUGGAGCUAAAUCAGAAUCUUGAUCCAGGAGUCCCCAAAACUCAAGCGUUUUGGCUGAAACACUCGCAUCUGAUUUUAGAGACGAUCAUCAGAGCUGCUCCGGGGAUAUCAGUGAGCUGUUAUCAUAUGGCCUAUGUCAAAUUUCUCCAAGGUGAUGUCGGAGGAUGUCAGCGUCUGUUGGACGUGUGUCUGGAGAGAGAGUUGCAGACGGCCGAGGUUUGUCUUCUUCAGGCUCGACUGCACCUGCACGCAGGAGAUCACAGCGCUGCUCUCAACUCUCUGGAAUCUGCCGUCAGCAUCAAUUUCCAGAUCAGAGAUCAGAUCCAGUUCAACGUGAUGAAAGCUCGAGCUCUUGUGAGGUCUGGAGAUCUCAAGAGCGCCAUCCAGUGUCUGAACAUCACAAAGAACACGGCAGGUGUCCGUCGGCCUUCAGAGGGUUCACAGUCUUGUGUCAGAGAAAGAGUUUGUGUUUAUCUGGAGCUCACGGAGGCGUUGAGACUCGCCGGCGAUCAGCACGAGGCCGCUAAAGUCCUGCAAGAGGCUAUUCUGCGUUUUAAAGGAACGUGUGAAGAAACACGCGUCACGCUGGUCAGUGUUGAUCUGGCUCUGAUGAGAAAUGAUGUGGACGCCGCUGUGGUCAUUCUUCAGAAUAUUCUGCCUCAUGAGUCCACUUACAUUCAGGCCAGAGAGAAAAUGGCUCACAUUUACUUGGAGAGAAGAAACAACAAGAAGCUUUACAUUGCCUGUUACAGAGAAAUAAGUGAGCAGUUACCGGGAGCUCGUAGCAGUGUCCUGCUGGCUGAUGCCUUUAUGAACAUACAGCAGCCAGAGGAAGCGCUUCAAAUCUACCAGGAAGCAGAGAGGACGUCGCCUGAAGACACUGCGUUAGCCAUGAAAGCCAGCCGUGCGUUCGUGAAAGCUCAUGAAUAUGACAAGGCGGCGAGCGGUUAUGAACGGGCUCUGAAGGUGGACGAGCAGGACUGCGUGUUGAGUUUGGAGCUGGCUGAUCUUCUCUUUAAACGUCAGGAGUUUGAGAAAGCUCAGCGGCUCCUCCAGAAAGCGUUGGAACAUGAACACGCUUCUUCGUUGGAUGUCAUGAUGAAUGACGUGAAGAUGUUAAGAGUGUUAGUGAAAGUUCUGCGUGUCAUGGACGAGUCGCCUCUGGACGCUGUGCAGAAGGCCCGUGAUCUCCAGCAGAAGAUUGUGAACAGGGUUAGAAAUGAGCAGCCGGCGCAGUUAGAAGAUCAGAUGAAGCUGUUGGCAGACAUCUGCUGUGACUGCGCUCAGGAGUUUCAUCUCAGACUCGAGCUGGAGAUGGCCAGACGUCACUAUACAGACGCUUUAAACUACAGUCCAGACAACGAAGAGAUCAUGCUUCAUCUCGCUCGCUUAUACUAUGAGCAUCAAAAACUGGAUCAUUGUGAAGAAAUGUGUCGUCAGACUCUGAAACUUCAUCAACAUCACGCAGAGGCAUCAAUGUUGUUGGCUGAUACUUUGUUUUGGAAGAAUCAAAAGGACGAAGCAGUCCAAAUGUAUGCUGAUAUUAUGGAGCGAUAUCCAGACAACUUUCAUGUGAUGGUGAAGUUUCUGCAUGUUCUGCACAGACUGGGGAAUCUUGAUGCUGUGCCGUCUGUUUUUCAAGCGUGUGAAACGUUCUGUCCGCUGUCGGUUAGAGGAGCAGCUUAUAACUACUGCAAAGGUCUUUACUUCUGGUACAUGUAUGAGGUGAGAGAGGCUCUGAUUCAUCUGAAUAAGGCCAGAGGAGAUUGUGAAUGGGGAGAGAGAGCCGUAGAGCUGAUGGUCCAAAUCUGUCUCAACCCUGACAAGGACGUUUUUGGAGCAGAAGUUCUAGAGAAAAUACAAACAGAUGUGAGUGAAUCAGAGAAUCAGACGGGAAUCAGCACAGCUCAGAAUCUACUGAAGGUGUUCCGCACUCGAUCCAGAUCUGAAGAGCAGAAAGUCCGACUGCUUCAGAAUCUGUGUCUGAUCUACAGUAAAGAGUCCAGACAGAUUGAGAGAGCCGUGCUGGAUCUCACAGACAUGCUGUCCAAGAACGUGAUGCUGGAGGCAUGUUUGCUCGCGGCGGCUCAGGGUUUUCUUCAGUUAAAGCAGAUCCCCAGAGCCAGAAACUUUCUCAAACGUCUCGCUAAGAUGGAGUGGAAAGAUUCUAAUUCAGACGACCUGGAGAACGCCUCUCUGCUCAUGGCUGAUAUGUAUAUAAAGAUGGGAAAAUACUCGCAGGUGGACAAACUACUGCAAAACUCCAUACGACACAAUAAGUCGUGCAGUAAAGCGUACGAGUAUCAAGGCUUUAUGAUGGAGAAUGAGGAGAGAUACACAGAUGCGUCGCUGCAGUAUGAACUGGCCUGGAAAUACACCAGCAUGAUGGAUCCUGCCAUCGGGUUUCGUCUGGCCUUUAACUGUCUGAAGUGUAAGAAUUACACACGAGCUGUUGAUGUUUGUCGUCAGGUGUUGCAGCGUUUUCCGGACUAUCCUCAGAUUCAGGAUGAGAUUCUGACCCGAGCUCAGGCGUCUCUCCGUCCGUGAGCUGUAGUCACGUGUCCUCUGUUCUCUCCUCACACACUUCUGUUUUCUGAGAGAGAUGUUCGUUAGAAAGACCAAAUUCACAUUCAGUUUUUGUAUGCGUAGCAGAGGAAAUGCAGGAGGUUAAAAUCAUGUGUGCACUUCUAAAACACUGAUCUAAUUCAUAUUCGUACAGAAGAAAUGACGUAUCUGUUAUGUUUAAUGAAAUAUGAAAAUUCACAGGGGAAUUUAAAGUGAGCUUUGUGUGUAUGCAAAACAUCUUAUGAUGACAAUUACAUUGAUUUCAAAUGAUGCUUCUAUACACCAUGUUUCAAAACCUUGAGAUUUAAAUUUUAGAGUUCUAGAGUAUAAAACCUUUCUGUCACUUAAUAGCAGUAAGAACAUACAGGAACAUUUAACAUACAUUUUACAUUUAUUCAUUUGGCAGAUGCUUUUAUCCAAAGCGAUUUACAAGUAGGAGAGCAUAUAAACAUUUUGUCAACACGCUAAACAGUACCGUUAGAUUACAGUAACAUCCGACAGAAUCUCAAAAUCUAAGAGCAAUGUUUUCAGUCCGAUCUUUCACCAAAUGAUUCCUAAUUCAAAAGCUCACCUAUUUCAUUUAGAUGAAGACUGAGGACAGAAGACAUCUCUGGGAUGGUUUAACUUUGAUUUUCAAUAUUUUUAUUGUUGUUUUAUAUUUAAAUAUUAUAUAUUAUAUAUAUAUAUUAAAAUUUCAGGGUCACUUUGCAACCCAGCUGUGCAUUGAGUCGUGUCAAACUUCUCCAUUCAAUUCAUCAUAGAUCUAGAUAACAUUUGUCUGUAUUCAUGAAUAUUUAUUUAUUUAAUUUGUGUGCAGUACCGCAGUCCUCCUGCUGGAGGUGUCGCAGAGUUUGUUUUGAGAGUUUAUAAACCAGGGGUCGGCAACAGCGGCCCUGGCAGUAGUGACCGAUUGCAGAACAGCAGAACCAUACGUCACAGCAGCGCUAUGGCAGCAGCGCCAUGGCGGCAGUCUCAUGCCGGAAGUGGGCGGAGUCACAGUCUCAGAUCGAAAGUAGUGAGACGUAAAGGAAUGUCACGGCGGAGAAAGGGUACACGGUUGUAAAAGUUGUCUUCGAUUGUUGUUGGAUUAUAGGGCUGUCACGAUAAACCGACGAUAAAUAUCAGGUGAUUUAUGCACAGCUUUUGAGUGAAGUACGGUAAAAUGCUGCUGCAUCCGAAAGCCAGAGGGCGCGCUCGUGCGGAAACUCCAAAUACGCACUGCAGAAGAAGACCAUAACACGCUGUAGAAUCUAGGAAAUGCCUAUGGACAUCUUUCAUUGUUACUCAAGCCUCAUCAGGUAUUUUCAUGAUAAUAAAGUAUAUUAUAAUGAUCAUGUUUGACGGGGGUUGCUUUUUCAAAUGCGACUCAAACUCGCACUGCUUUUAGAUCGAGCAGCAUUUCCUACUGAUCCCAGAGCCGUGCUUCACAGACAAGCUACACAUUGAAAAAAUAUCGACACAUUGCAUAUCGCAGCCAGCUCGAUUACAAUAGGAUUUAGUGGUAUCGUGAUAAAUUAUCAUGCAGGCCUAUUGGAUUAUCUGACGCUGAACGAGGAAGACCAGAAAAAGCCCUUCUGCAGCUUUCACAUGCAGAAACGAAUGACUCUGCUGGCCAGAGAGCCUUUCAGGUUUCGCUUUGAAUUUAAGGGUGAUAACGGACAUUUUCCUUAAUGAGCGUCUGGAUAAAACAUGUCUCAGAAUUAAUUGCAUGUUUUAAGAAUUUUUUUUAUUAUAGGUUACCGUUUAAUCUAAUUUAGUUAGGUUUCAUUUUUGGUUGUUAUUGUGUGCCUUCUGUGCAAAAGCAUUUGUUUGAUUUUGUAAUGUUAGUUUAUGAUGUGUAGUGUAUAGCACACGUACUGUAUGUACUAUGAAAAAUUGGUUAAUACUUAAAUGAUUGUUAAGUAAAAAUAAACUAAAAUGUUAUAUUGCUCAAAAUGUUGUUUGAUUUAGCAUUGCACUUCAUUUAUGCUGGUCAUCUUUUAAGACACACAACAAAAAUAUUAAUACACUUUAGUUUUUAGCUGUUAACAAUACGAUACAUUUCUCAGAGAGUGUAAUUUCUCAGAAGAUUGCGGAUGUAUGGAGUAGACAGGAAAAUUAUGUUUCUCAGUCUGUAUU